CAACCAAAACGUGAAGAGCAAUAAUUCCUAGCUCUGCUCUCACCCCCUUCUCUUUACAAAAAUGGCACCAGAGCUCUUCUUCUGCCAUUAUAACAAUUCUUGUAAGUAGAACAUUUGUCCCCCUCCAAAAAAAAAAAGGGACAAGAAAGGAAGAAAGAAGAAGAAAAUGUAUGAUACAUUUCUGGCUAGGAGCUUCAGCAAGCAUGAGCAGAAGAAGUUAGGAUAUGGAGCAUUUGCUGCCUGUUUCCUCAUUGCUUUGAGCUUCUGCACUGUCUUCAAGCCCUACUUGGGCCCUCUUCCCGUCCUGAAUUUGAGGUUGUCGAUCAUGGGAGCUGGUCAUAAAAUGCUUGCAGUUGAAGAAACAACAAUCCCUUCUCAUAAGCAAGAAACUGUCAGAGAAAAUGUGACAGCAAGAGCCGAGUUGAUGGUCGACAGUGGAAAAUUUGAAGAAAUCCUGACGAUGAAACCAGUGGAAAGCGCGAGGAUGAUAUGCAACACUACAGAUUGCCGAGAAAAGGCUGCAGAAAACGCAAUGGUAAAGUCGGAGCCGGGAUGCAAUUCUACGAACUGCAGGGGACAUGCUGCAGAAACCGUGGAAAAGGCAAAGGGAGUGAAACCAUUGUGCAACAUUACAGGGCCAAGAACUAACUUCUGUGACAUGAAGGGCGACAUCCGGAUCCAACCGAGCUCCUCCUCUGUUUUCGUGGUUUCCUCGGAAAUGGACGUAUCACAAGAGAACCAAGAUUCAUGGAAGAUUAAACCGUAUGCGAGAAAAGAAGACAGGCAGGCGAUGAGUUCUGUCAGAGAAUGGUCGGUGAAAUCAGUAUCAGGUCGAGAAAACAUCCCUCAGUGCACUCGGAACCACUCAGUUCCCGCAGUCCUUUUCUCCACCGGAGGGUACUCAGGGAACCAUUUCCAUGACUUCACCGACAUUGUUGUCCCGCUCUACCUGACCUCAAGGCCGUUCGAUGGGGAAGUCCAGUUUUUGAUCACGAAUAUGCGUCCCUGGUGGAUUAACAAGUUCAGGCAGAUCCUAGAGAAUUUAUCUCGAUACGAAAUUCUUGAUAUCGACAGUGAGUCGGGAGAGGUGCAUUGCUUCCCUAGCGUGGCCAUGGGUCUCAAGCGUCAUAAAGAGCUUAGCAUCGACCCGUCUAGGUCCGCCCACACGAUGAAGGACUUUAGGGAGUUCCUAAGAAAAUCCUAUUCUCUGAAGAGGAGAUCAGCUAUUAGGAUAAGACAGGGGGAAAAUAAAACCAAGCCCCGUCUCUUGAUCGUGUCGAGGAAGCGGACACGGUCAUUCACAAACAUAGACAGGAUCGCUAGAAUGGCCCGGGGGCUGGGGUUUGAUGCGGUGGUUGCAGAGCCGAGCAUGAACGUUCAGAAAGUCGCGGAGCUCGUGAACUCGUGUGACGUAGUGAUGGGAGUCCAUGGGGCCGGGCUCACCAACAUCCUGUUCCUUCCUGACAAUGCAGUGCUCGUACAGAUCGUGCCGCUCGGAAAUGUGGAGUGGAUCUCGAGGGCUUACUUCGGGGAGCCCUCGAAGAGCAUGGACAUAAGUUACUUGGAGUACAAGCUAAGCUUGAAGGAGAGCACCCUAAUAGAACAGUUCCCACUUGAUCAUGUUGUGUUCAAGGACCCUUAUGCAUUCCAUAAGGGCAAUUGGCUAGCAUUUAAGUCGGUUUACUUAGAUAAACAAAACGUGAAGCUCGACGUGAAGCGGUUUAAGCCCACGCUACAAAAGGCCCUCGAGCUUCUUCUCGAGCAUACGAACCGCUCCGUUAGGUAAUUCUAUACGUCACCGGUGCAAAGGACUUCUCCAUCAACACGCUAGGGUUCCCUCCUUCUCUGUGCCGAUCAAAGUCGUCGGAUUCUCUUAGACAUUGGCUUAGGCAUAGUCACAUUGCAAGAUCCAGAUGGCUGAGGUUAUCAUCCAAAAGAUCCCGUCAUGUUAGAUUCGGAUACCGGGUACAUACUUGUAUGUAAGAGGCGAGAUAUGUGUAUCAAAAUUAAAAGAUUUCCGAACAAGGUGAUCAUAAGAUGAUUUAUUUUUUUCCCCUCCAUGUUUUUCUUGGUCGAGUUAUACGGUGACUGUCGGUGGUUCAAAGAUUUGAUUAUGAACUUGGAAUUGACAUUUGGGGAGA